AUGGCAGCCGCAGCACUGAGGGCGCAACUCAACGCUCAUAUCGCCGGCAUGUACACUGAUGGUGUCGUGGACGAGGACAUGUUCGAGGAGCUGCCGGACGAGGGCACCGCCGUCGAGGUCUCCCGCCUCUUCAUCUACGAGGCCUCCAAGAUCAUUGACGACAUCGUCAUCCUGAUGGAGGAGCCCGAAGUGGACUUUGAUGAGGUGGAAGCCCUGACGCAGCAGCUCAUGCGGUGUACCUCCAGUGUUGGUGCACAGCAAGUGAACCUCGCCUGCAUGCACUUCGGCAAUUUCUAUGCCAUACAAUACAAACAUGGGUGUCUCGUGUCAUUGGCUCUUGUUAGGAAUGAGUUCUAUAUUGUGCGACAUGAGUUGGAGAUCAUGAUGCAGGGUGUCGUAGACGAGGACACAUUCGAGGAGCUGUGGGACGAGGGCACCGCCGUCAAGGUCUCCCGCCUCUUCAUCUACGACGCCUCCGAGAUCAUCGACGACAUCGACAUCCUGAUGUCCGCUCCCACGCCCUCUAUCAUCUCUCCCUCUGCUCUUUGUCUCGGUACUGACUCAUCUUAA